AUUAUAUAAAAAAGAUUUUAAAAAAAAAUUGAUUCCCAAUCAAACAUCACCAAAUAAAUUGAAAUACAAAGUAGUACCAAACGCCGAAGACUUGAAAGGAUACAAAGCGUUUACUGACUCGGUAGUAUGAACACGUUGAUAAGCUUUGCCCUUAUGUCAACCUACUAGAAAGUUCCAACUCUAACUCAUUACCAAAGUUCAAUAGUUUGAGUUUCUUGACUUUUUAUUUGGUACAAUUAAUGAUGAUCAAUUCGUCAUCUUAUUUUUUUAGGGCAAGUCCACAGCCCUUCUUGUGGAAAAAUAGAGAAAUAAAAAAACAAUCAACAACUUACAUGUCCAGACACAAUAAGUAGCAAGGUACACCAACUAGGCCGUGUAAUGAGAAGUUAUGCUUUAGGUUAACGGAAGAAUAAUUAAGAUUAAAUAGCGUUCACUUUUUAUUUUUGGACUCUGUUCUUUAAAUAUAGCUACUAUCAUCGAGUUUAAAAUUCUAACAAUAAAGUUUUAUAAUACUGUCCAAAAUCCCACGACAAGAACUAUUUUUAACUAUAGGACUUUAUUAGUAGCUAUUUAUGAAUUCUACCCAAUAAUUGAUGGUAACUGAUAAUCUCUUCUACAUUCAACCAACACCGCGGGAAAAAGUUGUGCACACGAAAACUUAAAAAAUAGAGAGAAAAAAAAGAAGAAGAGAAGACUUGUAAAAAAAAUUGUAUACUCCAACGUUCUACAAAAUAAGAGAAGUCAGCAUGGAGUGACUCUUUACAGCUAGAAAGGGAUCGUUUUAGAAAUAUUUUGCAUCUCUUAAUUCCUCAUGUAACUACUGUUUUGUCCUACUAAUGAAUGAGACAAAUUAUCAUUAGUUAUAAAUGUAAUUAACAGUAUCUUUGAUUGCGAGAAUUUAUACGAUGCAAUGCCGUGGCGGCUGUCUGAAUAUUCCUAGAAAUAUAUAAUUAGUGUAAGGUUUUUCCACGUGAUUUAGGUAUAAAUACGAGGACAAGAUCAAUCAAAAUUGUAAACUCGCAACCUCGUAAGUGUCGAAGACAAUCCAAAAAUUCCAAAGGAGAAGUUUUAAGAAGAGGGAACAAUGAAGACAAAGGUGGUUGUUAAUGUGUCAGUGAAUGGAGGUCAAUCUUGUCCAAGUAAUUGGAAGCGUAUUUUUUGUUGCCUGGUUCAAGACACUUCAUGCAAGGAUAAGGCCAUGACAAUUGCAGCAACUUUACCAGGGGUGGAGAAAGUAAGUAUAGAAGCAGCAAAUAACUUGUUGACAGUGAUAGGAGUGGGAAUAGACACAGUAGAGCUGGUGAAUAUACUUAGGAAGAAAGUUGGAUUUGCCACUGUUGUGAGUGUUGGUCCAGAGGAUGAAAAGAAGAAAGAAGAAAAACCUGCUGAUGACAAGAAAGGACAGCCAGUUCCAGGAGUUUAUUGUUGUAAUAAUAAUCAUGUCCGCCCUAUGGUUGAGAUGUUUGAAAUUAGAGAUCCUUACUAUUACAACAACUCAUGCUAUCCUUGGUGAUAAACUCAGAUUAAAAUACGAAGAAUUAUAGUAUAAUAUCAAGGUAUGGUGAUUGAGUCAAAAAAAAAAAAAAAGUAUAGAAAAAUUGAGAUUGAUUCCUUAUAAGCACAUUAAUUAUCUUCUUGUCAAUUGUGUUGGCUUGACAUCUAAUGUGUUGAACUUGUAGUGGUUCCUGGAGUACUUACUUUUGUACUUAGCAGAGUUGAAAUUAAUUAAGUGUAAUACACAAUUUUCCCAAUUUGCUUCAACAAAUAUGUGAUGGUGUUAAUGGUGUGAAAAUUUCUCCACUGUGCUAGAUUAAUGCCAUUCAUAUAUCCUCCGUGGUUUCAAAUUAAUGAAACUAUAUAUGCACUUUAAUUAGCAUAAGGCGUAUUGAAGUGUUGGAGUGUUACUGCUACAUUAUUUCUUUCGCAACUAAUAAUGUUCCGGUAAGAGAUAGUAAUAAGGAAUUGUUAUAACAACAAGAAUUACGUCCUUGCAAAUUUUAUAUAUGGCCGGUGUUUGAUUGAUCGGGUGCAAAAUU